AUUCAUAUCAAACCCCAAUCAAUCAUGUGGACGUGCCGGAGUGGUUAUCGGGCAUGACUAGAAAUCAUGUGGGCUCUGCCCGCGCAGCAUGAAAUCAGAAUGGAGGAACAACAAUGGCGGCGAUCCAUCAUCAUCAUCGUCAUCUCACCAGACGAGUAAUCUGCAGGCAAUCAUGGCGUCUGAUCAAAAUCCUCAAGCUAAAAUGCCAAACCCAAACCCAAAUUCACCAAAUCUUAGCUCAAGCCGUCACCAGAGGCUGCUGCAACUCUCCCCUCAACCAAACUCCUCUCCUCCCUCAAAUCCUCCACUCCUUCACUUCCUCCCUUCUCCCCACCUCCGCCACACCCUCCGCCGUCCACCUCCACUUCGCCGCCGCCAUUUUCAAUCUCAUCCCGUCCCCGUCCUCCUUCGCUUACAACGCCGUCAUCCGAUCCCACACCAUCCUUUCCUCUCCGCGAACCGCCGUUGGACUCUUUGCUGAUAUGCGCAGAUCCGGCGUCCCCCCGGACUCCCACACCUUCCCUUUCGUCCUCAAGGCUUGCGCUCUCCUGGGCUCUCUUCUUCUCGCGCGGACCCUCCAUUGUCAAGCUCUGAGAUUCGGGUUGCUGGCGGAUGUGUACGCCGUCAAUAAUCUCGUCCAUGCUUAUUCCUUGUGCGGCGGCGAGGUCGGUGAUGCGUUCAGGGUGUUUGACGAGAGUUCUCACAGGGACUUGGUUUCCUACAACGUGAUGAUUGAUGGGUUUGUGAAAGCUGGGGAGAUUGUCAAGGCGAAGGAGGUGUUCGAUGAAAUGCCUGUGAGAGACUCGUUCUCCUGGGGUGCCCUUAUUGCGGGGUGUGCCAGAACUGGCCGCUGCAGGGAGGCCCUCCAACUGUUCGACGAAAUGUCUGUGUCAAACCCAAAGCCUUGCAAUGCAUCAAUUGUUUCGGCUCUCUCUGCUUGCGCACAGCUUGGAGAACUGGAGAAAGGUAAGAGCAUUCACAACCACAUCAAGAAAAGAAAUGGGGUUUCCAUAGAUGCAUACUUAGCUACUGGACUGGUUGACAUGUACGCCAAAUGCGGCUCCAUUGACGCGGCUAUCCAUGUUUUUGAGACCUGCUCUGAGAGGAAUCUGUUUACAUGGAAUGCCAUGCUUGUCGGACUGGCCAUGCACGGCAAAAGCAGAUUAUUGCUCGAUUUCUUCUCGCAGAUGAUGGAAACCGGUGUCACCCCUGACGGGGUGACCUUUCUUGGGGUGCUGGUUGGGUGCAGUCACGCAGGACUAGUUGAAGAAGCAAGAAGGCUGUUUGGAGAGAUGGAGAGUGUCUAUGGAGUGCGCAGAGAGCUGAAACACUACGGUUGCAUGGCAGACUUGUUUGGGCGUGCGGGUUUGAUCGAAGAAGCCGAGGAGAUGAUCGAGGCGAUGCCAAUGAAAGGUGACAUCUUUGUUUGGGGUGGUCUGCUUGGAGGGUGCAGGACAUAUGGGAAUGUUGAGGUUGCGGAGAAAGCAGCCGAGCAGGUAGUGGGGAUGAAGCCGUAUGAUGGAGGGGCUUACUCUGCAAUGGCUAGUGUUUAUGCCACCACGGAGCGUUGGGAUGACUUGGUGAAGAUUAGGGAUGAUGAGAAGAGAGUCAUCAAGAAGAAUGCUGGUUGCAGUUUGGUCAGGUUGGAUGGCUUGCUGUAAAUGAGGUUCUUCAUGGACGAAGACGAGCAUGGAGUUGGCGAUGAGGUUUACGUAGAGGUGGCAAAAUUUGAUCUGAUUCGUUUUUUACUCAAAACCCAAUCCAAAAAUAAUGGGUUGAUCUCUAGGUUUCACUUUGGCAUCAUAAUAUUCCUUUAAUUUGUCUCUCUCUGGUAGUUAGACCGGAUGAAGGCUCCCUCUCGACACUCAUCAAUAAUAUUGUGGUCGACGUGCAUGUCCGUAUUGUUUUCCUCUUGAUCAUACUGCUCGACUCACGUGGACAACCUUAACA